AUGGCUGAGGGUCGAAUUGCUCCAGGGGGGGGGGCCAUUGAUGUCUACGAAGAGAAUCUCACUUUUCUCUUUAAGGAGGAGCUGUCAAACCAGAUCUCCGCCCUGAUCCACAGCUUCCAUCACAUCGAUGGACAGCUGUUGUUCCUGGAGAGCUUCCUGCAGACGUUGAAGAGGGAGUGGACAGGUAUCGACAGGCUGCGGAUGGACAAGUUCUUCCAGGUUGGUGUUAGGAGAUACUCGAUGACUUUCACCCGGGCUCUGUUCGGGGCCAUCUGCAACAGCAUCCUCUGCACUAUCAUCGACCAGGCCCCCUUUGCUAUCGACGAUUUGAUGAAGGAGGUGAAGGCAGCGGAGGCCUCAGACUCAGACUCAGGACAGGCUUCAGAAGAAGACGACGGUAACGAGCAGCCGAAAGAGAGGAAGAGCAAAGCUGUCUGUGAGAUAGGGAGGAAGCAGAUCAACGGCAAUAAAUCAAAUGAAGAUGAAGAUGAUGAUGAUGAUGAUGACGAGCUUCUUCACCUGGAGGAGGAUUCUGAAACAGAAGAGCCAUGUGACGAAGUGGUCGGCCCGGUGCUACAGUUUGCCUACACGGCCCUUGCAGACAAGCUGUUUGGGUUGGCCAGUCGCAGCAGCACACCCAGCCAGAACAGACAGAGGCUGUACAAAAUCAUCAGAGUGUGAG